AUGUCGUCUGCCCUGCUUCCAGCCGUCGACGACGGCGUGGAGAACCUGCCGCCAAACGCCGAAGACCGACAUGGUGCUGGUGCUGGUGGUGGCGCUCUUCCACAUGAUGCAGAGCUGGUGGAUGCUCUGGCUGCUGCGCAAUCCAAGUUGGCUGCACUUUCGCGGACGCAUAAUGCUACUCUGGUCAAGCUGCGGAGGGCUGAAGACUCAGUCCGGCUGCUGUCGGCCCACAAGACCAAGCUGCAGAACGGCCUACGUGCCCUCGCCGACAGAGUCCUCGCUACUGCUGCUGCCUCGCCGCAUGAUACUCUGCCGACUGAUCAGCUGCCGGACGACGUUGUGGAACUGCUUGAUGCCAUCACUGCUGAGCAGAUUGCCGCCGAUGUGGCGGCGACUGGCGUCCCGCUCACCUACGACGAGCUCAAGCGUGAGCUUGAGGCUGCUCGCUCCAGCGAGGAGGCCGCCACCCAGGCCGCAGCGUCGGCGCAAGGCCUUCUGGCCUCACGCGACGAGACCAUUGCUCUCUUGGGCGCCCGCGUGGAGGCACUCGAGGCCGAGCUGGCCGUCGCUGUCGCCUCGUCUAUGCAAGUCGCUUACGAUGAGCUGAUGGCGACUCAUCUCGCGCUUGUCGCCACCCACGAAGCGCUCAAGGAAGAGGCUGCUCAGUCGCGGUGUGUUGCUACUAACGCCAUGUCGGGCGCCGAAGCCGAUUUGGAUUCGCUCUCUCGCGCGCUUGAUGCCGCGCGCCGAGAUGCCGCCGCAGCCGAGCGCGAUGCCGCCGCAGCCAACGCCCGCGCCGAUGACGUCGACGCCAAGCUUGCCACCGUAUCGUCCAAGCUCGCCGCCGAGCGCGAUGCCGCCGCAGCCGCCGCCGAUGCCGCUGCUGCCUCACGCGCUGCUGCCCGCAAGGAAGCCGAGAGCGCAGUCUCGACCGCGGCCGCGCGCGCGUCUGAGAUGGAGCAGGCCUACUACGCGCUCGUCAACCAGCACGAGGCUCUCAAGGGCCGCACAGCCGUUCUGCAGGAGAGACUCGAUCCGCUCGCCACCCUCUCAGAGGAGCAUGCAGCGCUCAAGGCCGAGUAUGCAGCACUCAAGGCCACUGCGUCGGCCGCGCUUGACCGCAUCUCGGACCUUACACAACGGUCCGAAGCCUCGGCCUCGUUGCAGGCCGCGUACGACGAGCUUCACGCCAAGCAUUUGCAUCUGCAAAACGUGACCGAGCGAGCGCUCGACUCGGUUGCCGUCCUGCAGGCCGACACGGCACGUGCCAAUGCGGCCGCUGCUCAGCACGCGGCAGCGGCUUCGGAUGCGCAGACAACCAUCACUGAGCUGAAAGACCAGCUGGCGGCGGCUCAAACCGGGGCAUCGACAGCGACACUUGCGUCCGCUGCCCAGCUUGUCGCUGCCGAGCAGGAGUCGCACGCCUCCGCUGCCCGCGCUGCUCACGCCGAGGCCGCCGCCAACGACGCUCGCGCCUCGGCAGCUGAUCUUCGGGCCCAGCUUGACGAGGCGCGCAACGAGCUGGCCGCUGUCAACGCCCAGCUCGCUGCCGAGCGGGCUUCGCACGCCUCAGUCUCGGCCGCCUCGGCUGCCGUCAACACCCAGCUGGAGUCGUACAAGGACCAGCUGGCCCGUGCCGACUCGGCCCUUGUCACCCUCCGCGACGAACUCGAGCGCGAACGGACAGCCCGCGCUGCCGAUAACCAGCGCUACGCAUCUCACAUUGGCGCUGCCACCACCGAGACUUCGGCGGUCGCCACUGCUCGCACCGAGCUCCAGGCGCGGCUAACUGAGCGGGAGGCUGCUCUCGAGGCUGCUCGUGCAGAGACUGCCACCGCCAAGGGCUCGCUCACAGAGGCACAGGCGACGAUCUCGCUGCUCGAGUCGCGACUCGCAGCAUCGCGGGCGUCGGAGGCCUCGCUCACCUCGCAACUGCAUGAGACCCAGACCGAACUGCGGGUGGCGCGCACCCGCCUCCAAGAGCACGAGUCGGCUUCAGCUGCACUCGCCAGGACCCAGGAGCACACUCAGGGUGCGCUUUCGGCCAACGAGCGCCAAGUUGCCACACUUGCCACCCGCCUCGAGUCGGCGCUCGAGACCAACGCCGCGCUAGAGGCUAAGAUCAUCAAGCUCACCUCGGGCAAAGCCGGUACCAAGGCACAGAUGGAAAACAAGGAUGCCGCACUGCGCGACUGCCGUGCCACCCUCGCUGCGCUGACUGCAAAGCUCGAGGACGCGCAGCAUGCCAUGGAGAUGUCUGCGCUGGAAACGUCCCAACUUCGCAAUGCCAACGCCCAACUCAAGGACGACGUCGCAGCGCUCACCUCCAAGGUUGGCGAGCUCUCACAGGAGAGUCAACGGGCAGGCCAGAACAUCCUUGCCCUCGAGCUGGCGAACAAGCAGCACGCCGAUGCCCUUCUCUCCGCCAACUCGUCACUCGAGAACACGUCUGCCGAGCUGGCGGCCGCCCGGCUCGAGCUCGGUGAGCGCAACUCGCGCAUCACCCAGCUUGUGCAACUCUUCAAGCGCGAGGGCUACGCAGUGACUGAGACACUCGCGACAGGCAACGACUCGACAGUCACCACCCGCAACAUUGUGUACUCGGUCGAGUCGUCGCUUGCCGCCCGCGCCCAGGCCAUGAAGAUCGAGCAGCUGUCCAAGGCCCUGUCGGAUGCCGAGGCGUCAAUUUCGUCACUGGAGGCCAAGUUGGAGGACGCCAAGCGGAGCGCGGGUCGCGAGCUUGCCGCCGCCCGGGCCGAGAAGGAGCAGGCGCUCUCCGAGGCGCGGACCAAGUACGAGGAUCUCAUUGCCUCGUCACGAACCUCUUCCCGCUCGGUUGACAUGUCAUACCAGUCAAAGCUGGACAAGAUGGCGGCGGCCCAUCACGACCAAGUCUCGGCUCUCAACGACAAACUCGUUGCCCAGGCCGAGGAGUACCGGGCCAAGCUCGCGGCGCAGCUGGCAGCGACAACCGACAAGUACUCGGCCAAGAUGGCCAAGGCGGCAGCUGCCGCCGCCGACGCGCUCGAGGACGAAAAAACCAGAUCUGCUGCCUCGCUGGCGGCCACGCGCGCAGAGGCCCAAAAUAAGCUCGAUGCGUGCAAGCAGCGCCACGAGCGCGAGAUGCAGGCCCUGGUCUCACGCCACACUCAGGACCGCGACGCGCUCGUUGCCGAGCAUGACCGGUCGGUGUACGAGCUCAAGGCUCGUGCCGCCGACGAGCUCAACGCUCGCAUCGCCCACUACCAGGACAAGCUCACUGAAGCGAGCAACCAGCACUCGGCGCUCACUCGCGAGCUCGAGGCGCGCCUUCGUCGUGAGGCCGAGCAUGAGCUGAAGGAGGUGCAGUCAGCACUCGCUUCGGUUCGCUCCGAGCUCGCCACUAUCACCGCCACCCACGAGAUGCAGCUAGCAUCGCGGCUCUCCGACCAGCGGACACAGUACGAGUCGGCGGCCAUGGAGGCCAAGCUGACGCAUGCCGAGCAAGUCAACGCCCUUACCUCGGAGCUUGGUGCACUCAAGGCCAAGAUUGCGUCUGAGGAAGCCCAGCUGGAGAGUGACAAGGAAGAGCUGGCCAACGCAAGCUCCAAGCUCGAAAUCCUGCAAGCGGAAAAGCUGUCGCUCGAGCGAGCAUGCGGCGAUCUACAGCACGAAAACGCCCGACUCCAUGCGCUGUACAAAGACAAGCUCGAGGCGUCAGGUGAGCGGGUGGCCUUUCUUUCUACCGAGCUCGAAAAGGUCAACGACGCUCUCCAAACCGCGCUCAUGGACGCGUCCGAGGCAAAGGCUCGCGCUGAUGCGGGCAAAGCCGCCCAGGACGCGCUCUCGGACUCAAACGCGCGCCUUGAUGCAGAGCUCGAGUCCGUCAAGUCAAUUCUGGACGCGCUAGAAAAGGAGCACUCGGCCACGGUCCGCUCGCUGGCAGCAGCUCGGAAGCGCGGGCGCAAGCUCAAAGCAGCGCAGGGUACCAACGCAGCGCUACUGGCGGAUCUCGAGGAUGCCGUCAAGACCAACUCGGAGCUGGAAGCAGCGCUCACAAAGGCUCGAACCGAUAAUGCCGACCUUGCCGUUGAGCUUCAGGCAACGCUUGACGCCAACGGCUCGUUGGUAGCGCAGGCUAAGGGUUUUGAAGCCGAGAAGCUCGAGCUGACCCUGGCCAUCCAGAAGAGCCAGCACGAGGCGCGCCUCGCGGCAGCCAAGGCCAAAGAAGCGCACGAUGUCGCGCUUGCCGAUGUGGUGAGCCGUGACAAGGCUCUUGCAGCAGCUAAUGCACGUGCCGACGACUUGGAAACACAGCUACUUGCGGCCAAGCGCGAUGCCAAGGAAGCUCGGCACGAGCAGCUCCGGCUCCAGUCUGACGUCGACGAUCUGCGCAAUGCUGUUCACGUGGCCGAGCUCAGGGCAACGCGAGCCACCGACGGCAUGGACAUGGCCAAGGAGAAGCACUACUCGCUGAUGGCCCAGCUCGAGUCGGCAUCGCACCUCGAGGCGCAGGUGACCAAGCUCCGCGGGAUGCUGGACGCGGCACGCGAUGAAAACGCGUCGCUUCAGGUCAACCUCUCGCUUAUUGACGAGCAGCUCGGAGUGACCGAGGCGGAGCUGGAGGCUUCGCGGGCUCACGCGGCCGAGUUGGCAGCCGAGCUGGAUGCGGAGCGGGCGCACGUGGCCGCCCAUGGCUCGCCAUCAAAGCUCUCGUCGGCACUGACUACGACCAAGGCGCAGCGGGACGAAGUGUGUGCCGCGCUCCGCGAGCUGGAAGACGAGCACAAUGCGCUGCAGAUUGCGUACGACGGCCUAAUGGAGGGCCGCAUUUCCGAACUGGAGGAGACUGUGGCCGAGCGGGAUGCAUUGGCUCACCAAGUGGCAGUGCUGGAGGAGGCCAACGCACUCAACCUCGCUCGGGCGCACGCGCUUGACGCUGCACGCCGCGGUAUGUCGGCAGAUCAGCUCGAGGUGCUCAAACAGCUCGAGGCGGUGGCACUCAAGUAUGAAACGGCGCGGGCAAAGCUGAAGGCGGUGAGCGUCAGUGCUGAGACUGCUCGCGAUGCUCUCGAGAUCAAGGGCGCAGAGAGCGCGCGGCUCGAGGCGCAGCUCCAGGCGGCGAGCGAAGAGUUGGAUGCGCUCCGCGCCGCCCAUGCUGCCGCCACCCAGCACAUCUCGACCCAGCGCGACAAACUUGAUCUCAUCGGCUCGGUCACCAACGAAGCUGACAUCGAGCUCGUCAAGCUGCGGACGGCUAAUGCCACUCUCACUGCUCAGCUCUCCAAGGCGACGGCUGCCAACGAUGAGCUCCAGGCCGAAGUCAAGGCACUCGAAGGCAAGCUGGCUCGUGCAGAGCUGGUCUCGCCGCCCGAAGCUCCCGCAGUCGCCACCGCGCGUGCGCUGGCCGAGGCUGCCGCUGCUGCUGCCGACGAGGUGGCGGCGGCGGCGACCGAGUCAGUCGACGACGCCCACGCAUCGAUUGGCUCUGCCGAAGCCAACUCGCAUUGCACCGGCUCAUGCCUUGCAGCGAACACUGUCGAGCGGGCUGAGCAAAGGGCCAAGCACUUGCAGAUGCUGCUUGACAACGCGCACAAAGUCGUCCAUCGCGCCCGCACAGACGCAUCCGAGUAUGCGGGGUCGUACGCCGCGCUGGAGGCUUCCCUGGAGGCGCUGACUGCGCAGCUUGACGCUGCCAGUGGGCUGCAGAAGCCGGAAGAGGCGGCUCGGCAUCGGGCGCUGGGGGAGGCGCGGCGACUGGAAUUGGCUGCGCUGCAGCAACAGAACGAGCUGCUCAAGUCGACCAACACCUGGCUCGAGGCCGCCUAUGCCGAGCUCGAGGCGUCGGUCCUCUCGGCUGGCAUGCUCGGCUCGCGACCGGUCACAACACGGAUUCCCGAGCCAAGUCUCGACGCUUCACCAUUGUUCUCCUCCAAAGAGCUGUUGGGCCAGCUCAACGCGCUUGCCGGCGACAAAAUCGCACUCGAGGCGCAGGUUGCGCACCUCAGCCACAAGUGCAGCACGCUCGAGCGCGAGCUGGCGUCGACCGCAGACGCGCUUGCGGCAGCGCCGCGGGCAACAGAGCCGGUCGACUCGGACCUCUCAAUGCCAGCGUUGGUCUCGGCACGGGCGCGGCUGGAGAAGGAGCUCGCGUCGCGCGACGAGCGGAUUUCCGAGCUCGAGGCUGCUGUCGACAAGCUCGAUGCCCGGGCCAGUGCCAUGUCAGAGGCUGCCGAAGCCGCCCAGCGCGCUGCCGCAGCGAUGCGGACCAGUGCAGCCAAAGAAGCAGGCUCGCUGGGCCGCGUGGGCGCAGCGCAGCUCGACGCGCAGCUCGGCUCGAUCGAAGCGCGCGUCCAGGCGCUAGCACAGACCGGGACCGCGGAACAGGACGGCGUGGCCGAGUCGCCGAACGGUGCACCCAUGCUCUCGCCGACCUCGCAGUUUGGCUCGCUCUCUUCGGGCUCGGGCUCGCACCCGACGUCACUUCGGCGCGGACGGGCGGCGUCCGCCUCGGGGGUGGCGCGAGCGGGCGAACCGGCGUUUGCGUCGGUGCGCGCUGCGAGCGGUAGCGGGCUGGGCACGAUGCAACAUGUGUUUGACACGCACGUUCUUCGGCUCCACACCGAUGUCAUCGAUGCUAUCUCCUCGACCGAGUCACGGCUCUCAGAGCUGGCGAACAAGCUGCGGCUUGCUGGCAACCUCUCCGAGGCCGAGGUGCGGCGUGUCGAGGGCGCGCUGCAGCACGUGUGGGAGCAGUGCGACCACCUUCGGCGCGAGGCGUCGUCGGUUCUGAGCCAGCUGCACGCGAUGCAGGGCGUGCUUGUGCGGCGCGAGCGGGUGCUUGUUCAGCUCGCGCAGCUAGAUGUGCAGGUUGAUGCACUGCGUGAGGACGAGGCACUGGCGACGCCGCCGUCGCCUGAGAUGCAGGCGUCGUCACAGGCAGCGCUGCAGCGGCUACUCCUCACGCUCGAGCAUCAGCUGGAGAUGUUGGCCAAUGUGGAGCAGCACUGUAACUCGCAGCUGAAGCAGUCGACGACGCUGCUGGCGGUACUUGAGGUCCAGCUGGCGAUGAUGGGAGUAUCGGAGAAGAAGGCAGCGCUGCUGACGGAGAAGCUGGAAAAAGUCAAGGCCGAGUGCGCGCCCGGUGCCGGCGAGACCCAGCAAAUUUUGUCGUCGUUUGAGCAGAGCAACCAAGAGUACAAGUCUGCCAUCGGCGAUCUUGCGACGCGGGUCUCUGCAACGCUGAGCAAUGUCGGGCCGCAGGCCAAGUCGCUUGCGGACCGAAUGAAGGCGCUGGCGGCGUUGCUAGCGCCGGCUGGUUCGGGCUCGACAAGCGACGCCAGCGGACCGCCUGGUGGCGACGACGAGUACUCCGAGGCCGAGACCGAGGAGAUUGAUACCAGGCGCGGAGAGACCGGUGAAGCAGAGGUCGCGAGCAGCAGCGAUUUCAACUCGAUGCGGUUGUCGCAAGAUCAGCUUGCGACCUUGCUCAGCGGGGCCGAUCCAGAGGCCGGGGUCUCUGCCACGAUCGAGCAGAUCGAGCGAUUGCUCCCGAUGGUGGAGCAGCUCCGCGUUGCUGCACCGCCGCAGCUAGCGUCGAUGUGCGCCAAGCUGACGGGCGUGGUGGCUGACGCGCGAGCGGUGGCCGAGCACGCGCUUCAGCUGGUCCGGAGUGGGCAGGCCGAGCACAACGAGAAGAUCAAGCAGUACGAGGCCGAGCUCGAGACCUUCUCCGACAAGAUUGUCAUGUUCAUGCGCAAGUUUGAAGCGACACAGUAGCCGCCGCCGCCGAGGGAUCGGUUCAGAGUGAAAUAGGUAUGCGAGAGUGGAUCACUUUAUCUGGUGUCGGGCACAAAAUCUAUGCACAGAUGCUAAAGAUGGCCUUGCCGUCAACAAAGUAGUAGGCGCACUUGCCAAGCUCGCCCUGGACCUUGGUGAGGACGCUGGCGAGGAGAUCGGUCUCCUCGGGGGAGAGGACGCGGCGGGCAAGAGCCUUGUCCUCGUCGUCGUCGCCAAACUGGUCGAGAGCAUGGUCGACGUCAAAGAGCGACUGCAGGUAGAGG